CUGGAGAUCAGUUGGAAUUCCAGCGCUCCAGCCACCACCUGGAGGUUGGCAGCAGUAACGAACGCUCUUCCAUGAGGAGCCCCACCGGCUUCAGUGCAAAGGGCGCUUCGGAUUGCCCCAGAAUACGCUCCCCCUCUUUCCCCACCAAAGGAAGCGGAGCAGGGACACACACGAGGCAGAUGCCUCCGCAUCCCCUCUGGCGCUUGGAAAGGCAGCCACGGGCUUCCGUGGAAGGGAAGGAACCGGCUCCUUGGGACUCCUUGGGAGUAAGCCUGGAGGCGAGGAGGAGGUGCCUCCGCCAGGCCUCUCCUUCUCCCGUGCAAAGGAUCCGUCUCCACCCAGGAAGGGGUGGGGUGGGCGUCAACUAGGGGAGCGGCUCCGGGCAGAGCCGUGGCCGAGUAAGAAGCGAGCGCAGCGCCGAGCACCGCAGAAAUGGCUGCUCCUCCGUCGGCCCCCCCACCUUCUUACGAAGAGACGACAGCCAUCAACAACAGUGCCUCCUACCCAUACCCCUACCCUGCCCCAGGGGGGCCUGGGACUGGACCCCCAAUGAAAGGGGGGCAAGCUCCUCCCUAUCCAACACAGCCCUACCCUGCACAGCCUGUGUCCACGGUCCCUCCUCCAGUUACUGUCCAGGCAGUUUACGUCCAGAGUCCACUAAUCUUCCAUGAUCGACCUGUGCAGAUGUGCUGCCCUUCUUGCAGCAAAGUGGUUGUGACGCGUCUCUCGCAUUCGGCAGGCGCCUUGGCCUGGCUGUCUUGCGGAAGUCUUUGCCUGUUGGGGUGCUGGGCUGGCUGCUGCCUCAUCCCUUUCUGUGUGGAAGCCCUCCAGGAUGUGGAACAUUAUUGCCCCAGCUGCAACGCACUCCUGGGGACCUACAAGCGGCUCUGAGCACCUGCAGGACUGUGCUGAACGAAGAGGGGAGGAGGGUCGGCAAGCCUUUCCUGGACUCUUUAAUGCUGUGCAUUUUGGCUUUUACAGAUGUGUUCAGGAAGACAAGACCUUUUCUGUCCCACCUCUGUCUGUCUCCAAAUUUCUGCCUCUUGUCUUAAAAAGAAUGUAGGGGGGAAGCCAUCUAUGUCCCCCCUGGAGAUCUCUACAGGGGAGUCAAAUUCCUCUUCCCACUACCACUUGAGUAGAGAUCAUUGUGGGAGAAAAUCAACUUCAUGUGCCCUAUUAAGACCCUUUUCUGAUUUGGAGGCAUUUCUUGCUCUGGCUUAUUGAUCAGUACCUUCUCUGAACACUGAAAUCCAUCUGGAAAAUGCUGUUUUUCAGACUUCUUUGAACAAGUAUUCUCUUCAGGUUAUACUGCACAACAAAGGCUCAAACAAUUUCUGUCCUUCCUUUUAUUCAAAGCUUUAAGUGCCGUAUAGUGAACAUUCCACAUUUUUAUAUGCUACCACAAAGGAAAUCUGUGAAUAUAAUCCAAAUGAGCCAAACGGGGGCAAGAAUAUUUUUAGUUUCUUGAAUUUUGUUGGAUCCUUUCCACUCUCUUAACGAAUUGGUGGGUUCUCACAUGGAAUUUUGCAUCCAUGGGGUAGAAGAUCUAGUAGGGGAUGCUGUCUUGGAGAAAAUGCUGUCUGAAUAGGCUCCAGCUGAUGUGAGCGUUAAGGUCAGGUUCCCACUUUGGACGGGUUAAUGGAAAUUCCCUGCAACAGCCCAGUGAUUUGUGGCUGUGCCUCUGCAGACGUGUGGUGUGUGAGAGCUCCUGCGAUCUGUGUUUGUGUCUUUGAGCAAGUCCUCUGUACCAAGGGCAAUUCAGCCUAGAUCACCUGUCUGGAAGGAGGGCUGUUCACCACUGGAGCUAUAACUUGUAUUAAGCUGUAGAUGAACUUAAUGAGGUUUUUGUCCUGUGAAUCUUUUAAAUAAAAUUUGAAGUUACUCACUGCA